CGGCAUGUGCUUAUUAUUCGUCUUACUAAACGCAUAAACGUUUCGACGCUCGAAUGGUAAUAAUGUUGUGAUUUGCCAUGAGCGAAACUUGAAAAGCAUGUUAGAAAUUAUUAUAAUAUUUUGCCUCGCCAGUAUCCACUUAAAUAAUUACCGAUAAGAGGAGUGUAUUCAAUUUAUUAACAAUUGAUUUCUGCGGUUUCGAUCCUAGCUAGAACUAAGUUCAAGUCGCAAAGUAACAACAUGCCUGUUGGUUGGAGACUAACCAUUUCAAAAUGUUGUCCAAUACCGCAAAGAUACGUUCUGGCCAUAAUGGGUUUUCUUGCAGUUGUAAAUGCAUAUGCAAUGCGAGUGUCCCUGUCCAUUGCCAUAACGGAAAUGGUGAAACCCUCGAAUUCUUCCAGCGAGAAUAAUUACGAAGAUCUUUGUGCUGUUGGCAAAACGAAUAGUUCCCACAACAACGCCGUUAAGAACCCCGAUAUUUUGUACGAUUGGGACGAGCCCACCCAGGGAUGGAUUCUCAGUGCGUUCUAUUGGGGAUAUUUAAUAACCCAUCUACCCGGUGGGAUUCUAGCCGCAAAAUUUGGAGGAAAAUACACGCUGGGAUUAGGGAUUCUAUCAACUGGAAUUUUCACCAUUUUAACCCCAUGGAUUGUGAUAAUGACGCAUGGSAAUUGGAAGUGGAUUGUUGCAUUAAGGGUAGUUGAAGGACUAGGCGAGGGUACCACUUAUCCAGCAUUAAAUACUAUGCUCGCUCAAUGGGUCCCAGUAGGGGAACGAUCUAAAAUAGGUUCUUUGGUAUAUGCUGGUGGUCAAAUUGGUACGAUCGUUUGCAAUCUCAUCAGCGGCCAACUAAUAACAGCGACUGAAGACUGGGCUUCUGUAUUCUAUCUCUUUGGAGGCCUGGGAAUCGUUUGGUUCAUAUUUUUCCAAUUAUUGUGUUAUUCCGAGCCGAAACACCAUCCAUUCAUCAGCGACCGGGAAAAGCAAUACCUUGAAAAGGAAAUUCAAUGUGUUUCCGAUAAAAGGCCGCCCAUUCCCUGGAAGGCUCUAGCCAGUUCUGUUCCUUUAUGGGCGCUGCUAGCAGCUCAGAUCGGCCACGAUUGGGGCUUCUAUACCAUGGUUUCUGAUCUACCAAAGUAUAUGAAAGAAGUGCUCAGAUUUGAUGUGGCCACGAAUGGGCUUUGGAAUUCUAUUCCAUAUGCUGCUAUGUGGAUCGUUUCCAUAUCAGGAGGCUGGAUUUGUGAUUGGUUGAUUUCGCAUCGUUACAUGAGCAUAACUGUUGCUAGAAGAUUUUUCACCGCUUUUGCUGCUGUUGGUCCUGCUAUAUUCAUAAUGGCAGCAUCUUAUGCGGAAUGUAACACAACGUUGGCUGCUUGGAUGUUUACCACCGCAAUGGGAUUUAUGGGCACAUUUUACUGCGGAAUGAAAGUGAACGCAUUGGAUCUAAGCCCAAAUUUUGCAGGAAUUAUUAUGGCCAUUACUAAUGGAAUUGGAGCGGGCGCUGGAAUUAUCACUCCUUACUUAACAGGGGCGCUAACAGGCGAGCAUACGGUGAUUGAAUGGAGGACGGUGUUUUGGAUAAGUUUUGUCAUUUUUGCGGUGACCAGUGUUAUAUAUUCCUUGUUUGGGAGCGGCGAAGAACAAUGGUGGAAUAAUCCUGAGAAAAUCGACAAGAACACCACCGUGAUUAACUUGGACACAAAACAGUUUCAGAGGAAAGAGGAUAGAAAAACCAUAACGUCGUUGUAAAUAUAAAAACGUGAAAAUCGCAAUAUUAAAGUCGGGAGUGUAGGCAGUAGGAAGAAAUCGACAUAAUCUUCUUCCAUUAACAAGCCCGUGAACUUUGCGUAACAUGAGAUUCAGAAGAAUGAAAAAUGAAUGAAGAGUGAUAUAAAUUAUAUUUAAUGGUUUUUCUUUUGUAAGAGUCAGCUGUUUUUUAUUGUGUAAAAUUUGAUUAAAGUUAAGUGGUUUUGAUUUUAUAAAUCUAAUAAAACUGCAUUAGUUAUUAAAUAAUAAAAUAUUAAGAUACGGUAAGCUGCAUUUGCAAUUUUACUCUAAAAUUUCUGAGUCUUAUGCAUGCGAUUAAAAACAGAUUAGAAGGAAUUA